CCUCUUCUAGCUUCAGCCACACACGGUUGCAGAAAUGGCUCUGCUGAAAUCCAGCAAGGUGUUCUCAUCUAUCAAGUCUUAUACCCCGGCCCUGGGAGUCUUACCUCUCCGUGCAAGCUCAUGGUGGUCAGAGGUGCAGAUGGGUCCACCUGACCCCAUCCUUGGAGUCACAGAGGCCUUUAAGCGUGAUACCAACCCGAAGAAAAUGAACCUUGGAGUGGGGGCUUAUCGUGAUGACCAGGGCAAGCCCUACGUCCUCAGCUGUGUCCGCAAGGCUGAGGCUCAGAUUGCUGCUAAGAAGCUGGACAAAGAGUACCUUCCUAUUGGAGGCCUGGCUGAGUUCAACAAGGCCUCUGCUGAGCUGGCUCUUGGACCUAACAAUGAAGUCCUCAAGAGUGGAAGAAGCAUCACUGUUCAGACUAUUUCAGGAACUGGAUCUCUGCGUAUUGGAGCCAACUUUCUGUCUCGAUUUCACAAUGCAUCGCGUGAUGUGUACCUGCCAAAGCCUUCAUGGGGCAAUCACACACCCAUCUUCAGGGAUGCAGGCAUGCAGCUGAAAGCAUACACCUACUAUGACCCAAAGACCUGUGGCUUUGACUUCAAGGGAGCCCUUGAUGAAAUUUCGAAAAUCCCAGAGAAGAGUGUGAUUGUACUGCAUGCAUGUGCUCACAACCCAACUGGAGUUGACCCAAAACCCGAACAGUGGAAGGAGAUGUCUGAUGUGAUCAAGAAAAGGAAUCUUUUGAUCUUCUUUGACAUGGCCUACCAAGGUUUUGCUAGUGGAGACAUUGACAGGGAUGCAUGGGCAGUGCGCCACUUCAUUGAGCAAGGCCAUAACAUUGUGCUUUCACAGUCCUUUGCUAAGAACAUGGGUCUGUAUGGUGAGCGUGUUGGAGGUUUCACUAUUGUGUGUAAUAAUGCUGAGGAAGCCAAACGUGUUGAGUCCCAGCUGAAGAUCCUCAUCAGGCCCAUCUACUCCAACCCCCCCAUGAAUGGAGCUCGCAUCGCUGCAACUAUUCUCAACACACCUGAACUCUACAGCGAGUGGCUGGUCGAGGUUAAAAACAUGGCUGACCGUAUCAUCAAGAUGAGGGAGCUGCUUGUCUCCAACCUUAAAAACGAAGGCUCCACUCACAACUGGCAACAUGUCACUGACCAGAUUGGCAUGUUCUGCUUUACUGGUCUCAAGCCUGAACAGGUGGAGCGUCUGAUCAAGGAUUACUCUGUGUACAUGACAAAGGAUGGGCGUAUCUCCGUGGCCGGCGUCACCUCUGGAAACAAUGCCUACCUGGCACAUGCCAUCCAUGCUGUCACCAAGUGAAAAAGCACAUUAUAGAGGAAGGGGAUUUUUGGAUAUUGGAGUUGCACAAACAAAUGUAUCUAGGAAAUGAGUUGAUAUUACUGGGGGGUAUAAAGUAGUGCACUACUGUACAAUGUCAGCUCAUCUUGAUUGGUAUUAUUGUUAACCGGGGUCAAAACCUUUUGUUCCAGGUUAACAACACUAGAAGACUAUAGUGAAUUCAACCCAAAGCACUUGGUAUGAAAAGUAUGUUGACAUGUUGUUGUAACUGUUCAUCCUUUUCAUCUGAUCUAACAAAAAAUAAACCUUAAGUUAUA